UUUCAUUUUAAAACCAUUCAAUUGCUUCAUCUCUAUGAGAUUCUGAGUUUCAUUCUGAACCCAUUUUUCUUAACUUAACUUUAUCUUCAAUGGCUGCUUUCGCUCAUAUCACUUCUCUACUAAAUACGUUACACUUCCAUUUUCUGCAGCCCCAUCCUUGUUUGAUUUUUGACGAUACAGAAACCAUCAAAUCUCUGUGUGAGAAGAUUCUACAUUUGCAAGCCUUUUUAGAGGAUUCGGAGAAGAACAAGGCAAGGAGAGUUUUGGAGUCAGAGAUCAGAUGUGUGGCUCAAGAUGCUGAAGCCAAGAUCGAAUCCCAAUUAUAUAAACUUUAUUUGUGCCGCAACCGGGUAGAGCACCCACUUAAGCCUCCUCAGAGUCUUUAUCACACCUUGAAACAAGUAAAGCGAAAGAUUGAAUCGAUUGAACGGAGGAUUAUUCAGAUUAAGAGCAAUAACAACCAUUCUGCAGAGCCCAAAAGUGGAAACAAAAUAGAGAAUAUCAAAGCUGGUAGUUCCUCCCAACGUUCUUCUGAGCCCAACGAUGUGAUGGUAGGAUGUGACGAUGAGUUUGACACUAUAAUGCACAAGCUCAUUUCACAUUCAAACAAAUUGGAAGUCAUCUCAAUCGUGGGGAUGGGAGGGAUCGGAAAGACAACUUUGGUUAGAAGAGUCUAUGAAGAUGUCUCAAUUAUUUCUCAUUUUCAAGUUCGAGCAUGGGCGACUGUAUCUCAAGAACAUAACCUUAGAGAAAUUCUCCUUAGCCUUCUUGACACCAAUGGAGGAGAUAUCUCUGAUCUACCAAAUCAAUUGCGUCAAAGGUUGAUGGAUCAAAGAUACCUAAUUGUGAUAGAUGAUAUAUGGGGUACCAAGGCAUGGGAUGACCUCCAUAGGUGUUUCCCAGAAAGUUCCAAUGGGAGUCGAGUAUUGAUAACUACACGGCUCAAACAGGUGGCUGACUAUGCUAGUUCAGGCUAUGGGUUGCAGAGGGGUUCUUAAAGCUAGAGUUGAAUGACACCAUGGAAGAAGUGGGUGAGGCUUACUUACAAGAUCUCCUAGACAGAGGUCUAGUUCAAAUUGAUAAGCGGAGUUUUGGCGGUAAAAUGAAGUGUUGUAGUGUCCAUGAUGUGUUGCAUAACUUUUGCUUGAGAGAAGCUCAGAGGGAGAAGCUUUUGUGUGUUGUAAAUGAGAAUAGUGUUGAGAUGGGUAGACUUAAA